CGGCUCACUUGAAUGAAGAGAAAACUCAAAUUAUGGCGAGUUGUUGUUUUACGAUACUAACGGGAGUUGUAGUAUUUUGUCAACACAGACAGUGGCGAUUCAACGGGACGUCUUGGAAGAAAACUUUUCAAAGAUUUUCAUCCUCGCCGAAAGAAAAACUAACGGAGUCAGGAUCAGGACAGGUAGGGGACCUGGAUGCACAUUCACACCCACUGAGGAUGCUCUGAACUGGGAAACAUCUGCUGAAGUGUCCCCCUUAACGCAGAUAUGGCCUCAGCGACGUCCAGCCCGGGACCUGCCUCUCUGGGCUCGCAGGUUCAUGCAGCAGCUGUCAACGGAGACAGAAGCGCUCUCCUCAAACUCAUCACCGCAGAGCCCUUGCUGAAGGACCGUGAGGACCAGUUCGGCCGGACCCCUUUGAUGUACUGCGUGCUGGCUGACCGUCUGGACUGCGCAGAGAUUCUGCUGAAAGCCGGAGCAUCGGUCAACAAGACCGACCUCAGCCAGCGAACCGCUUUGCACCUCGCUGCACAGAAGGGGAACGUGCGUUUCCUGAAGCUGCUGCUGUCCAGGCGUGCUAACUGGCUGCAGAAAGAUUUAGAGGAAAUGACCCCACUCCACCUGGCCACCAGACACCCCUCACCUAAAGCGCUCGCCCUGCUCCUCAAACAUAUUGGACCUGGAGAGGUUGACACACAGGACAAGAAUAAGCAAACUGCUCUUCACUGGUCGGCUUUUUAUAACCGACCAGAACACGUUCGCCUUCUGAUCAAGCACGACUCCAACAUCGGCAUCCCAGACAGUGAAGGCAAGAUCCCCCUGCACUGGGCUGCACACAGUCAGGAGCCCAGUGCCACAGAAACUGUCCGCUGUAUACUGGAAGCAGCACCCACUGAGUCCCUGCUGAACUGGCAGGACUAUGAGGGUCGGACGCCCCUUCACUUUGCCGUUGCUGAUGGCAACGAGGCAGUAGUGGAGGUGCUGACGUCUUAUGAGGGCUGUAAUGUAACAGCUUAUGAUAACCUCUUCAGAACACCGCUGCACUGGGCUGCUUUGCUGGGCCAUGCGAAAAUCGUCCACCUGCUGCUGGAGAGGAACACAUCAGGCACUAUUCCCUCAGACAGCCAAGGGGCAACACCUCUGCACUAUGGGGCACAAAGCAACAAUGCUGAGACAGUUGGCGUAUUCCUGUCCCAUCCGUCGGUGAAAGACGAGCCCGAUCUAGAGGGGAGAACAGCGUUCAUGUGGGCUGCUGGGAAGGGCAGUGACGAUGUCAUUCGCACCAUGCUGGCCCUCACCCCAAACAUUGACAUCAACAUGGCAGACAAGUACGGUGGCACUGCGCUCCAUGCGGCCUCCCUGUCAGGCCAUGAGAGCACAGUGAAGCUGCUUUUGGAGAAGGGCGCAAUGGUUGACUCUCUGGAUGUCAUGAAACACACACCACUGUUUCGUGCCUGUGAGAUGGGACACAGAGAUGUCAUACUAACACUGAUCAAAGGUUCUGCACGUGUUGACCUGGUGGACGUAGAUGGUCACACUGCUCUACACUGGGCAGCUCUAGGAGGGAACGCUGAAGUCUGUCAGAUACUGAUGGAGAAUGGGAUAAGUCCCAAUGUACAGGAUCAUGCAGGAAGGACUCCACUGCAGUGCGCAGCUUACGGUGGUUACAUCACCUGCAUGGCUGUUCUCAUGGAGAACCACGCUGAUCCUAAUAUACAGGACAAGGAGGGCCGGACCGCUCUCCACUGGUCAUGUAACAAUGGCUACCUUGACGCUGUGAAACUGCUGCUGGGCUACAAUGCCUUUCCCAAUCAAAUGGAGCACAGUGAGGAGAGGUACACCCCUCUGGACUAUGCUCUGCUGGGGGGGCACAGUGAGGUGACUCAGUUCAUGCUGGAGCAUGGUGCUCUGUCCAUAGCAGCUAUCCAGGACAUCGCUGCCGCCUCAAUCCAGGCGGUCUACAAGGGCUACACUGUCCGCAAGGCCUUCAGGGAGAGAAAGCAGCUCCUCAUGCGACACGAGCAACUGCGCAAGGAUGCAGCCAAAAAGCGAGAAGAGGAACAGCGGAAGAGAGAAGCCGUGCAGCAAGUUUCAGGGGCCACAGCAGAGAAACGGAGGGUUUCACCCGUGAAAGCAGAGCAAGAAAAGCUGUCCUUAGUGAGCAUUAUAGAGGACUUAUCCUUGAAUGAUUCGUCUGUGGAAACAAAGAAAUCAUCCAAAGCUGAACGCACUAAGAGCAAAGAGGAGAGACACAGAGUUCACAAAAGCAGGUCCUCUAGAAGAGGUAAAGAAGCUGAACCGCAUGAUUGUCCUGAAGCUUUGGGCUGCAGUCAUGUGAUCAGUGAUGCUUCCCCCGAUGCUCUGCAGACCACAAGGCUGACAGAACUUCUCUCCCCUUCCGGCUUCAGACCCACACCUCCCUCCAUGCCCAAAUUCAGGGAACGACUUUUGUCAAACUCACCCAGUCCUUCCACAGUCUCCUCUGUGGACCAAACUGAGGCCGGUAGAAGAGACUGCAUGCCUCUAAAAAAGAGUAAUGCUCACAUGAGCGUGCAGACUGCCCGGGCAAUUACCAAUGCCCACACCUCUCCACAAAAACACAGACGACAUAAGGAGCGUACUUCAGAGAAGGCCACAACCAAAGACCAAACUCGCUCAGCCUCAUUAAGAAGGAGUUCAUCUGUAGAUCACAAAAGCCCCCCAAGAAAGGCUCAAUCUGCCGCACACGCACCAAUGUCAACACGUGCACACAGGGAGUACAACAAGGAGCAUCGCAGGAGGAGGAACGAGGCUGCACGCAUCAUCCAGCGUGCCUGGAGAAGGUUUUGUGCACGCAGACGGAGGGAGGUAAAAGCCCAUGAAGAGGUGGAGUCCAGACAUUCAAACUACACCCAUAACAGGAAGAAGGUGGAAAUCCGAGCUCAACCUGCUAAGCCAACACAGAGAAAGAGCUCUGUGCUCCAAAGCAUCUACGGCAACUCAAAGUCCAGACGAGGGCGUUCAUUUCGGGACUCUCAGUCUCAGCUGCUCUUGGACAUCCCUCAACGCACCCAGAGCCAGUUGAGCGGUAUAGACUGUGUGCCUUUGACUGACACCAUGAAUCAAGCCAAGCUCUACUCUUACCACCUGAGACCACAUAGCGCAGGACAGGGGACACGAGGCCGGGGAAAACAUUGAAAAACCACACACACACACACAUCAUGUUCUUUGAUGUUUUCUCAGCUGGCUGAUAGUCUUGCCUCUAUAGAAUUACUCUACGCAUUGUUCACUCAAUGUGCCAAGUUUUCUAAAAUUAAGCCAUAUGACAUCAGAGCCAUGACCUCACAGGGUGGGGUUAAGUCUACAGAAAAUGGUGUGUGUAAAAGAUAACCUUUCAUCCAUUGUGGAAGGAACACAUACACACUCCAUCUCCCUCCUUCUCCGUUGCUGUCGCACACACACUGAGAUAACCUUUCCUCCCGUUGUGGAGAAUGAGGCAGUCUAUCAACAGCCAGUCAUAGAGAUAGCCCACCUGCAGCCACCGACACACACACACACACACACACACACACACACACAC